AUGUUCGAAAGCUUUGUUUCUAAUAUCAAAUCACAAUCUAACAGACUGACAAAUUCACUUUCUAUGGAAAAUUUCAAACUCAAAGCCUCCGAAACAAUUGACAAUCUCAAGUCCAACCUUACUGACACAACUAAUAGUAUUUCUUUGUAUUUCAAUGAUGUACAACCCAGAAAAGGUCCGUCCAAAACCAUAUCCACCCCCAAUUUAAAUAAGUUUUGUAAUGAUAAGACAAAUCUGAAAUGGCCAGUACUUGUUGACAAUAAAAUGGUUUGGAUUGAUUAUGAAACAUAUCAGAAUGAAUUGGCUGAAGAUGAUGAAGAGCCUGAUAUCAUAGAUAGAUUUGUUAGAGUCAUAUCAGUGAAUGAUGAUGAACGUAUCAAUUGUAAUAGGCGAAAUGAUAGAGAAGAAAUACGCAGAAGGCUUGCUGCCGGGUGUGAUUCAGAAGAUUAUUACGGUAGUGACAAACCCGGCAAGAAACCGAGCCUUCAAGCUAGGCUUCAGAGUGGUAUGAACCUUCAGAUAUGCUUUAUGAAUGAAACAAGUUCUGACACUGAAUCGCCGAGUUCUGAAAGUGCACCACCAGCAACAUCUCAGAUAUCACCUCCUGUGAAAAGCAACAAGUCUCCACCGGAACCACCAAAGUCACUUAAUCUACCUAGUGUUGGUCGAACUAGAAAUAUCAACGCCAGUAGCCAUUCAGGUCCUCAGAGUCUGAAAACUGUCAGUGGAUUCUUCCAAAGUGACACAGGUGACUUCUUCAGCCGUCAAGCUAGACUUCAGACCGAAGCGAGGCUCGCCCUUUCGCAGGCAAAGGAGCGGGCAAGGAUGCAGAUGGAAGCUGAAAGAUGUCGCUCACAAACUAGCCCAAUCACUCAGAUGCUCCGAGAGAGCCUAAACAAAGUUGGAAUCAAAUUCCCCGAAGACAGAAGGAGGCUUAGUCGCCAAAUGUUGACUGAUAUGAAUGUUGCACAAUUGCAGGUUAUAGUAAAUGAUCUUCAUACUCAAAUAGAGAUUCUGAAUGAGAGUCUUGUUAAAUUCUUGAUGGAAAGGGAUGAACUGCACAUGUCCCAAGACUCGAUGCUUGUCGACAUUGAAGAUAUUACUAGAUACUUGGGUGCAAAAGAAAGCAGCCUGAAAGAAGACAUAGUCAAAAACAAUAACCUGGCCCCGCAGCAAUCCAGGCCUGUCAUUACCAGGUUGGUCAGCCUCGGGAAGAAAUAA